AUGGUUGCAGUCAUCUAUUGACUGAAAUUUUUUUUAGUGCUCGUGACAUUUUCGAAAGGUAUCGAAGGCUAUUCAAAAAUAUUUGCUUUGCUUCUUACAGACCUUGCGAAUUUGAAAGUGAAACCAAAUGGAGUGGAGUGCUUGAAGAAGUCGUUAAGUGAAAUAUGCGGUGAUCGCGCUCAAAUACGAGUAGUGGACAAUUCGAUCGAAUUGGAAGUGGACGGGAAGAAUGCUAAAAUUGAUCUUGAUACAAUGCACAUCACGUGCACAGACCAGCUACUCCAUCACCUGAUCUCAUCCGUGUGCCAGAAAAUGAUGAACACAUUGCUACCUGUCUGUUCUUCUACAGCCGCUAAAUGA